ACGAAAAAUUCGACGGAUUCGUCGGACAACGAAGCAGAAGUUGUGCGACUCCAAGGACAACGGUAACUAAAAAAAGUACUCGGAGUUCGUUAACGCCAAGAAAUCUGCAAAGUAGCAAGAUCCCGCCCGCAAGAGUUCGUGAUCUCAAAGGGCCCCAGGUGGAAGUGUUCCAGUCCGGGUCAACGAUCGGAGUCAGUGGGCCGUAUCAGAGAUCGAAUUUAGGAGGGUGGGUGCAGUGGUGCAGUGGUUGCAGGAGAGCCAGCGAGGUUGGGGUGGCCUCGUCCAGAGGCGCCUUGGUACCGAGUGCACCGGGCCCCGGGGCUGCGGUGGUGGGUUGCCUGGUUGGGGUGUACCCGUGUUCUCCCUCCUCCACGGGGCCCAGGGGCCCCAUAUCUCAUCACCACCAGUCUUAUCCGAACCAGCAACAACCGAUUGGCUGCCGUUCCUGUUGCUGUGUGCAUAGCAAUCACCAGCCAGCUUCGGUCCAGCUAACCAGUCAGCGAGGCGGCCUAUCGCUGAGGGUAGCGAGGGUGGCGUCCACCACCUCCGUCCGAGCCGCCCCCUACGCCCACCCCCAGCACCAGGAGCUGGGGCAGGAGUGCAGGUGUAGGGAGGAGACGGGGGCAUUGGGUGGAGGUGGUGCGCACAUCCUCGGCAGCCCGAUGCUGUUCGUCCCGUUCACGGUGCCCACCUUCCCCGCGACGCAUCAUCAGACGACCCAUCCUGCGCAUCAGACGCAUCAUCAACAGCUGCAGGCCACUAACCAGAAUCCGGUUCAGCAGCCGCAACAACUCAACCAACUCAAUCAGCUGAGCCACCUGAAUCACCAAGGCAUCGUGCCGUCUACAACGAACCAGCCGACCAUACAUAGCACCAGCUGUUCGCCGCAGCAACAAGCAACGACACCCAGCAAGGAGGAGCUACGGCCAGGGUCGAGAAUUGUAAUCGCUAAGGUGUACUUGGAGGAGAUGAAAGUUAACUGGGCGACGUCUCCGGGAAACCAACCAAAACAAGACACUAGCAAACACUACCACAUAUUCGUAGGAGAUCUGAGCCCGGAGAUCGAGACGCAGACCUUGAGGGAAGCCUUCGCUCCCUUCGGCGAAAUCUCAGAUUGCAGAGUCGUCAGAGAUCCACAAACACUUAAGUCCAAGGGAUAUGGCUUUGUCUCCUUUGUUAAAAAAGCGGAAGCGGAAAGUGCCAUCGGUGCCAUGAACGGACAAUGGCUCGGUAGCAGAAGUAUUCGAACGAAUUGGGCGACUCGCAAACCACCUGCACCAAAAUCCGAAGCGAAUGCGAAGCCGUUGACUUUCGAUGAAGUGUACAAUCAAAGUAGUCCGACAAACUGCACGGUGUACUGCGGUGGACUAACUAAUGGUCUAACAGAAGAACUAAUGCAAAAGACCUUUUCGCCUUUCGGAUCCAUCCAAGAGAUUCGUGUAUUCAAGGACAAGGGAUACGCUUUCAUCAGGUUUUCUACCAAAGAAUCGGCAACACACGCUAUUGUGGCAGUACACAACACCGACAUCAAUGGUCAAACGGUGAAAUGCAGCUGGGGCAAGGAGAGCGGAGACCCGAACAAUGCUCAACAAACUGGACAGGCGUUAUCGUCGGCGACGUACCCGUACUAUGCGGCGGCAGCAGCUGCCGCCGCGGCGGCGGCGGGUGUCGGAGGCGUCGGCGGUGCUGGACAGCUUGGAUACUGGUAUCCGCCCCAAUCUUACCCCACAACAGCGACGCAGAUGCAGGCCGGUGGUUUCCUGCAAGGAAUGCAAGGGUACACUUAUGGACAGUUCGCCGGGUAUCAACAGGCGCAAUACAUGGGAAUGGGAAUGGGCGUCCACGCCGCUGGCACGCCAGCUGGUUGGGGCCAGGGAUUACCUGGGGGACCACAGUUACCACCACACCACGCCACGACGGUCACGGCACCCCCAGGGGUGCAAGCUCCGCCACCACCACCACCACCACCGGCACAAAUGAUGGCCUACCCGAUGCAACAGUUCCAGGCACAGUGAUCGCUACCACUAUCAUCGCACGGCCUGGCUUUUCCUUACUUUCAAAUCUCACUUUACAUCAAGGAAACUGCAUCUACGACCUGGCUCAACCUCGAAUUCGACCAGAAAAAUGUCGCUGGAGAACGUGUUUGUAAAAUGGGUAUCAUCGUUUGGUAUGAGAUGCACCUCAAUGGAAGAACGCAAGAAACAAAUGUGAAAAAAACCGAACGAACGAAAGUUUCAUUGUAUCGACGGGUAUCGUCGCUGUUUAUUUCCAUUUCGAUUGCCCUGAAAAACUUAGCCGUUAGUCCACAGAAACGGUCGACCGAUUGAACAUCACCAUUACAUGUUUACAUGACACAUAAAAAUAUAUAUAUAUAUAUAUAUUCCUCUCAACAUAUUUUAUCCGUUGAGGCGAAGCAACGCAGUUCGUAGGAUAGUAUCACUUUAGUUGUUCACACUUUUAGAACGUUAAAAGCGAUUGAGGUUGAGUCACGGUAAAGGUAGAUUCAGAUCGAUCAGUCUUCGUGUGUCUGAAUGUAAAGGGGGUGAAAUGAAAAACGAAAGAGGGGCUGCGUGAGAGGGAACGAGAGAUACAGAGAGACAGAAAAACGAGAACAAAAUGGUUUUUAGAAUUAAAGAGGAGAAUGCGAGUGGGAGGGGAAGAGGGGUUUGUACGAGUGAAGCGUGAAAGGGAACGAAAGAGGAUGAAAGUGAGAAUAGCUGUCGAGAAUAUUUCUAUUGUUUUCUUGAAAUUCGGACCAAGACUUAACCAGCGUUUGUGUGUUCAAAUGGUAAAGUGUGUUCUUGGUUGCGGUCCAGCUAGCGGAUGAGGACUGGCUGACGCCUAGCCUUCUAGUGUGAUGGUAAGCAAGUACACCCCACCAACAGGAACAGCUUCUACAGCAACAACAGUUACCACCACCACCAUUCUCACCACCACCACUACGAACAACAACAAAUUAAUCGUCAGCAUCGACGCCACCGCGACCGCAAAAGCAUCAAAAAUCUUGCCGCUCCCGGCUUGAUACGUCAUUAAUCGGAUGGCAUAAAUCGCCAGAAAAAUAGUUGACGACCGUUUAGUAAACGAAGCAAGAGAAAAGACGUACGAAUGGGGUUAAAUCCUUAUCUAUAAUCGUUUGUUAAAGCUAAAUGAAAAAAAAAAAACAUUAAUGAGAAUACUUCCACAUUCCCUGUAAUUUUUCACGUCCAAUAUAUAGCCGGCAAUCUUUACGAGAAAGAAAAACUACGGAUCGUCAAACAAAUCAGGAGGUAUCCUCUCGUCCAGUCUGUAGGAUAACGUAGCGUAUCUCUCGGCUUGAAUUAAUAGAUAGCGUUGCCGUCACGGUAGUGUCAAAAGCUUCAGUAAUGAAACACGAAUUCCGGGGUACGCGGACCACAAAAAGUGAUCACCGAACACCGUUUGUAACAUAAACAGCAAAUAUUUUCUGCGACGUCCGCGAAGGACCGAUCGCAACGGAGAACGAAUUGGGUUGCCGCACACCGAACAACCCCGUGAUUUACCACUUUCCGCCGUUUAAUCGACGCUGACGCUUCCUCGUCACGGAGGGGAGGCGACGAAACGCCGCCAGACACACCGACCCGUAACCCGGAUUCAUUAUUUUUGUAGUUUUGGGCUUAACAGCGAAAAUUAAUAAGACGUGAAACGCGCGCGAACGCGUAGCACGGAGCACGAAGCGGCGGUCGACGAGUAAUCGCGAUGUAUAAAUGAUAAAUAAGAGAGAUCGACGAACACGUACACACUUGCGAAGAUUAUAUAAAGUAAAUAAACCAAAAAAAAAAAAAAUCAUGCGUUAUUAAAAGGAAAAAAAAAACAAAAUUCAAACAAUUAGCUAGUUAGGUAGGUAUGUUAUAAUGAAACGUUACUCGAGGGCGAUUCGAAAUUCGGCGGCAAGGCGGAAGCAGACCUUUCGCAUAAAUUCGACGAUUUCCGCGUUCCCGGGGGAACCGUUAAACGCACCUUCGUACAACCACUCGACUAUCGUGAACCACGGAACUGAUAGAUCCACGUGUCUUAAUCCAUUUUUCCGCCACUGCGAGGACUUCCUCCUUCGGUUAUUAUAUUUAUUAUAAAGCUCGAGGCCAAAAUGACAAAUCAUGCGCGAAGUCUUCGCAGACAGUCGAAGAGCCGUUUUUAUUGUUCGACUUGAUCCUUCUGACGCGUCACUUAGACAGUUGGAUAUUUUUAUAAAAGAUCAGCCGCAUGCACCGAAGGUAGUCGACCGGUGCUCGACGCGUCGAUCGCGCGAUUAAGACAAAAUGAUAAACGAUACAUAUAAACAAAAACAAAACAACAGCAACAACAAAAAAAAACAGAAAAACGAGAAAAAAAAUAGCGGAACUGCGGAUCGGGAAGAGCGUCCGGUAAUCGGUCGACUCCGAAUGAAUCGUAUCGGGUCUACCGUGGUUUUUAACUUAUACUUUAGAUUUUUAUAUAACACGCAUACCAUAGAACCAAAGAGAAAAUCUCGACUUUAAGACGCUUAAGCAAUAAAUCGUUAAGCUUAGGAAAGAGAAACAAGCCGUUUACCCCUGUGUCUCUCUGCUGUUACUCGCUCUCGGCUGAUCGGCUUGUGAGCUACGAAUUCGCAACAACGAAAGGUAUAGGGUGGAGAGAGAAAGGGACACGAUGACGGUUUAGCGAUAACAAAUGGGAGGAAUCGAUUACGGUCUGUCCGACGUCCCGAAUUUCGACACGGCCAACCUAAUGAAGAAAAAAAAAAAAUGAACUAAAGUCGAAACAAGUGUAAGUAACGAACGUGUAAACGUGACAUGCUCGCGCGAACGAGCCAGAGUACGAUAAUGAGAAUGAAAAUGGAAGAGAGUGAGUGAGUGAAUGAGAGAGAGAGAGAGAGAGAGAGAGAGAGAGAGAGA